AUGGCUACUGGUAGUGAAGAUGCAAAUCGAAAUGAAACCUCGAAAAUGAUCAAUGAAUGGCGAGAGAAAUGGAUGAAAGAAAUCGAUUCGAUCGUUCGUUCAGCAACCGAUGAUCUUGAUGAAAAUAUCACGGAAAACGAUCUCAAUGAUCGACUUCAAGAAGCGAUGAAUGAAUUUUAUAAUGAUGAAGAUGGUAGUUCAACAAUCUUUGGUGAUCAAGACACAAGCAAAAGAAACUUUUAUUUCAGUGAUGAAUUUAUGUCACACACAAAUUAUUCACGACAACAAUCUGAAUUAUCAGAUUUAACAUCAACUAUUGGACAAGCAUUAGUGAUCAAACAACGCGCUCAUUGUACGGUCAAAUGUUAUAAAGAUCCAGCUGGUGUAAUGGCAAUUGGCGAAGAUCAACUUGCUUUUAUUGAUUUUGUUUGGAAUUAUGAACAAGUACGUGAAAUGAAAAUGUUUGUUGUAUCGAACAUUAACUCGAGUGUGGGAGAAGUUCCAGCUGAACGUAGCUUUAACUUUCCAUAUGUGGGUGAACGAGUUCGUGUUGUCGAUAUGGAUUAUUGGCCAACACACAAUCGAUAUGUUUUAGCCGUUGUUCAAACAGGAGAACAACGUGCGAGUUGGCAUUAUUUAUNCGUUACAACCGUAUUCGUGUAA